UGUUGGCCAAACACGUGUUUCACUGGGACAAUAGUGAGUGGUGCACACUUCCUUCGCCCAGCCACAGAACAAAACAAAGCUCCAUUUAAGAGUUGCUGGUGUAACAUAAGGAAGAAUAUAUUCCACUCAUCUCUUGUACAUGCGGCUAAUGAGAAGGAAGAACAAGGAGAGGAUAUUGCGUGUAAAGGUAAAGCCAACUAAUCACAGCUCUGCAGUCUUUGUCACCGUUGACGUGAGGCGGGACUACUUUGGAGGUGCACGUCAAGACGUCCAGCAGAUGAAUGCUCGUCAAGAAGAACGUCCCUUUCAGCAGCGGGGGGACUCCUCUUUGAGGCAGGAGGAUCCACGGCCCCCCCACAUUAAGGAGGAAGAGGAGGAUCUCUGGGUUAUUAAGGAGGGAGAGUGUCUUCCAGGGCAGGAGGAGGCGGAUCUCACCAAGUUUCCACUGACUGUUGUAUCUGUGAAGACCGAAGACCGUGAAGACAAACCACCUGAGUCCUCACACCUUCAUCACAGUCCAAAUGUCUGUGAAGAACAUCUUCUCCAUGAGCAACAGAAGUGGAGCUUCAAGAUGGUGAAGGAGGAGUCACAGCUCUCCCACAUUAAGGAGGAAGAGGAGGAACACAUCAUCAGUGAAGAGGGAGAGCAUCUUCAAGGACUGGAGGAGUUCCCAGUGUUUGUUGUGAUUGUGAAGAGUGAAGAUGAUGAGGUCAAAAGUGAAAGUGAGGAGAAGAGAGAGGCGGAGCCUCCAAGCAGCAGCUCAACACAACACAUGACAACAGAAGCUGUUGGAGACCACUGUGGAGGAUCACAAGCAGACAAGCUCUUAGCUCCACUAUCAGAUAGUGAGGACACAACGUCACACUCUCCUGACACUGAUGAUGAAGACUCUAAAGAUGAUAAAACAUGUCACACUGACAACACACGCUUGACAUGUUCUCACUGUGGCAAAACCUUUAAAUACCGUUGGUAUCUGAAAUUACACAUGAGAACACACACUGGAGAAAAACCUUUUACCUGCUCAGAAUGUGGUAACAGUUUUGUAACAAAUCAAAGUUUAAAAGUACACAUGAGAACACACACUGGAGAAAAAACCUUAAUGUGCUCAAUUUGUAGUAAAAGAUUCACCCAGCAGGCACAUUUGAUAAAGCACACAAGAACACACACCGGUGAAAAACCUUUUUCCUGUUCACUCUGUGGUAAAGGUUUUAUACAAAGUCCGCAAUUGAAAAGACACAUGAGAACACACACUGGUGAAAAGCCUUAUAUAUGUUCAGUAUGUAGUAAAAGUUUUAUACAAAGGCAUCAUUUGAAAGCACACAUGAGAACGCACUCUGGUGAAAAACCAUACUCCUGUUCAAGCUGCAACAAAAGCUUUCGUCACCUAAAAACUCUUACAGUACACAUGAGAACACACACAGGAGAGAAAGUGUUGAGUUGCAGUGUGUGUGGUGAAAGAUUCUCUUAUAAGUACCAGUGUAAGAAACACAAGUGUGCUGGUGAGAACAGCAGCAGCAAAUGAAGAUGCAGGAUUUGAAAUAAAGUGUCAAAACUUUAA